GCGAGGUUUGGGUGGUACACGGCGGGCGGGAAGCGAGCGAGCGAGCCCGGGAGGUGGCGGAGCGGCUGCCCGCGCUGCCAUCAUGCCAGUUAAGAGAGCACUGAAGUUGGAGACCCUGGCAAAAGAAAACCCACAUGAAGCAACGCCUUUGAAGACCAGAAAGAAAAAUUUAAGCUCAUAUUCACCAACAACGGGAACAUGCCAAAUCAGUGCAUUUUCAUCUCCCACAAGUCAUAAUGUACAAAAGCUCGGAAAUGGUCUAUCAAAUGGAGACAGAAAUGAGCUGAAUGACUCAGAAAUCAGUUUAUCCAGAAGAGGGCAAUCUCAAACAGAAGAGUAUGAUAAGUUUAUGGUGUUGCAGUCUGAAGUUGAAUAUUCAUUGGUGAGAUUUCUGAAAACGAGACAAAGCUUAACAAGUUUACAGGCUUUAGAGGGCAGUAGAGAGCUUGAAAAUAUUUUUGGUGUCUCAUACUCAUCCUGUAACUUGAAAGCUGAAGUGCAGAAGACCAAAGUGCUAAUGGCUCAAGCAGAAAAACGAAAGCUGCUGAGGAGGAGUAAUGCAAAACAUCCUGCCCGAGGUCACUCUUCAAGGAAAGACAGUCUGAGUGUGAACUCAGCUACAAACUAUGACCUUCAUUGAACAGUUUGAGAAUUAAGGAGCCAAAACCAGCCCCCUGACUGCCUUCACCUUGAUGCAGGAGAGAAUCUGACCCUUAUAUUUCUGCACAAACAGCCUGCGGCAGAGUUGUCCAACCUUCUCUUUUCAAGAAAUAAUCCCAAGGGAUUAUAAGGGACUGUUUACAAACCUAAACUAGUUGGACAUUAUUCUCCACUUUCACAAUAGACAAUUAAGAACAAGCAAACUGUAAAAGGGAUUUCUUUAGUAGACAAAGAUCAGCUUCCCCUUCAUUUUGUUGUUUGUUUGCAUAGUUGUGUCAUUAAUGCUGUUCAGAGAUUUUUGCUUCAUUGUAGCUUGCACUGUCUGGCUAAAAGCUGUUCCUUUGGCUAAGUUUGAAUAGAGCUCUUUUAUUAUUCCAUCCAAGUGUCCUCCCCCAAGCUUGGAAUUGUACUUUUGGAAAAUUCGAUGGCCUUACAGGCUGGAGAAGACAAAAAGUGCCUUGACCACUGCCCAAAUUCUGCAAUGCCAUUGAAUUUUUAGUUAGGUUCAAGUGGUUGUCCUGGUUGAAGUGAGAGACUAACUUUGUCCAUUUGAGAAAUACCACAGUUGGGUAAGAGAGAUUGUAGACCGUUUCUUUUGACUCAGAGUGUAUUAUUUUUUCUCUCUUUGUUUGUUUUUUUGUUUUUUUUUGUUUUUGUUUUUUUAUGCAGCAGCUCUGGUUUUCCCAGCAGGCUCUGGUUUUACUGUGUUGCAUGUGUACCUUAGAGUGUAAAUAUAAAAUACAUUUUGAAAUUUGGAAAGUGUCUGAGGUCAGAGACAUGAGCUUUUUGGGGAGUAAGUUACAAACCUCUCCAUUGAUUUAACAUCCUAUGCUAUGCAGAUGAAAUAUUAAGCUAUUAACUGUUGGCUGACAGAAAUGCACAUGAGAUACACGGCUAGAGACUUCAGACAUAUGUAUAUACUGGAUUGUCAACUUACCUUCCCUGUGUGGGUAUCAACCACAUUGAUUCAUGAACUUUCACACCUUUGUUUAUUCCCUAUAUUCCUAUCUACUUUUUUCAGAAUCAAUUUUAAAAAAAUAAUCUGACAGAUGAAGGCUUUAGAGUAUGAAGCUUAAUGAAAAAUUAAAAAGAACUACUGCUUCAUUACAACAUGAAUAUGUAUAGCAACUCCUACGUGACUAUAAAUACUCUAUCUGUAUUCUCCUGGGAAUAUAAUUAUUUUAAAUAAAGAAACAGUUUGAACUCACUUAAUAGCAAUCUUAUGUUUAAGAGGUGUAAAUAACUUGCUACCCAGACAUUACAAAUAUCCAGGUGCUCUAUAUGUGCUGAUGACAACAAAAUUGAAAAGAAAGACUGUAAUAAUUCUGACUGGUUUUCUCUGCAGAAGAUAUUGAUUAUUUGUGUGUGGUGAGAGAUUUGGAAAAUUCAAUUAAAGGAGUUGUGCAAAGGUUUCAUAAAUUUUCCCUGUACAGCGUGUACACAGACAUUGUUGUGUAUUAAAUCAAUGCAGCACUUCACAAUAUAUUUUCUUUGAAACAUAAAAAUAAAUAACAUUUAAACAGUUCUGCUUACUACAGAAACAAAUUUUAUUUUCUGUGAAGCAUUUAGUCAUGUGCUAUCACUGACUCAUACACAUUUGCCAGCUGUAACAAAUUUUAUAGACAUUUUCUCCAGAGACAUAGCUCAUAUACUAUGAAUUUUUAAAUGAGCAAAUGGUGAAGAAGGGAUGUCAGCAAUAUAAAAAUUGAUCAGUUAAAAGAUAAAAGCAUAAGUAAAGAGAUUUGUAUGGUAGUCUUAAUAGGUUUUAUUAAAUAAAAAUACUAUAAAAAGACAGUAAUGAAUAGAGUGAAGGUUUUAACUGUGGUUAAGGUAGAGAAAAAUUAUUCUGGCACAUUUAGUAGAAGAUUGGUUUUAUAGCACCUGACAGGUGAACAUUUUUUUCUCUCUCCUUUUUAGAUGUGUAAAUGUUUCAGAACAGUCCAAUUUAGUGGUGGGGGAUAGGUCGGGGGAGAAACGGGAGACAGACCUUGGGAAGAUCCUGCCCUUUUGCUAUACAUGUGGAUUGGGAGGGAAGGGCACCUGGGAACUUCUGCCAUACCACAGAAGCAGCAGGGCAGGAUUUGUACCUAGUAGUCAAGCAACUACCAUGCAUGUCUGUGCACUGAAACUCCAAGGACUUUAGUUUAGGGUAUCAUAUCCAGCCCUGUUAUCCAGCUGGUGUGUGUGCUGCAGAGAGCAGCAUCUGCUAACUGGGGGCUAUUACUGGAGCAAAGAAUGUGAUAAUCCUCCCACCUCUGCAUUUCUGGCCAACAUCAGAGAAUUCUGCGCUGGCGUAUGGGUUUUCAACUGCAGGGAUGCACUGGGUAACAUUUCUUCUAGCUCCAGUGACCAAGACAGGAUUUGACCUUAGUGAAGGUUAGGUAAAUUUUGCUAGGUUUGUAUUUAUUAAAAUGGGGGUGGGAGAAUCAUAAUUAAGAUGUAUGACCACUAGAUCAUCUAGCCUGACCUCUUGUGUGUCACAGGCCACCAGCCCACUCCACACCCACACAGAAAACCCAGCAACAGAAAUGAGAGUAAAGUAAAUGAGGCCCACAGGAGACUAGACUAUAAUGUUCCACAGGCAGAGAAUAGGAUGGACCUGCUCAUCCUUUUAGCGUCACAAAGAAGAAAAAUGCAAACUUAGGACAGGUAUAGUAAGUCACGUGAGCAUCUAUGGGGUUUAUAAUAGGUCAUAUUGUUUGUUGGCUAUUUAAAUAUGUAACCCUUAAUACUAUGUGUAUAAAGAAAACUAUAAAUACAGAUAUUUCUUCAAAGAUGCUAGACUGAAAGUUCUUAGAAAAACCUCACUUAAUGAAUGCAGUUUGAGUCUAACCCAGGGUGAGUUAGCUAUUUUGUCAAGAUACUUUUUCAGACUGUGUGACUUGUAUCUCUUUGCACUGGUGGAUUUCUUAUGCAAUUACUUGCACUUGGGCAGAUAAAGAGUUAUUAUUAGUUAUUAUAAGUAAGGAUUUUUUUCUAUUCAGAAAUCACAGUUAGCAAAAAGAAACCAGCAGUUUGGAAAUACAGUGAUUACUAUUAAAUCAGUCUGUUACUGUCAGUUAUCACACCAUACAAUCUGUUAUGUCAGUUAUUUUUCCUAUUCUAAAUACAUGUAACUGGCAGUAGAAUUUUCUUUUUAAUGGCUCCUUGUUUAAACAGGAAAAUUUGUUUAGUGGGUAGAAGGCUAUAAAUAAAGAUACACAUGGUGUAAAUCACACUGGAUGUAUUUUUUAUGAAAUAACUUUAUCAAACCUAGACUAGGACAGAAUUCUUUGUCAGACCCAGGCACUAUUUUGGAAACUGUGAGUACAUUGCUUGUACUCUUUCACUGGGCUGCUGGGACAGGCAUCCUGAGCCUUGCGGACAACAGCCACACUGGGAAUGUUGGACCUUCAUACAUGUGCACUCUUCCCCCGCACCCUUCGUAAAGGUGAAGCCUGGGUCUGUGAAAGAUGGUAGGCGUAAGCAUAUGCACACUAAGGAUGGAGUCACUUGAUUGAGCAGCUACUCUUAGUCAUGCAGGGACCAGCUACUUCCCUGCUCCCCUAGAUCAUGUAUCACCAAAGCCUACUCAACUGGAUGUAAACAGAAAAGAAAAUGCCUAAACAGUACUUAAACUGUGCAGUAAAUAUACAAGUGGGUGCUGCUACUGAAACCUAGAGUAAGGUGGAAACCCACUGAAAGCAAAAACUACUUUAUGCAGGCCAACUAAGGUGGAAAAUAUAGGGGAAAAUUCUCUCCUGAGUGUGAAUGUGGUCAUAUCUAAUCUUGUGCGUUUCUGAAGCUAAUACAAUCAGGUUCCAUCAAUUCUCACACAGUUUGGCUGAAACAGACCAGGAAGGCCUAACAGCAUUCCACUCAUGAUAUCUGCAUUUCCCCUUCUUCCUUCCCUUUUCGUUCUCACACAGCGUGAGACAGCCAGAAGUUCCAGCCAUACGUGAUCUUGAGCUCACUCUGACUGGCUCAUUGCCUGAAAUAAGGACAGAAACAAAAUCUGCAGAAUCCUUAGCACAUAAAAUGCAGCGAUCCUGUUAUGGGCCUCAGAUCUGCUCUAACCCUUGCUCAGCUGCAGUGAUUCUGUGACAAAGUGACUCACCAGUCAAUGCGCUGCACUGGGCCUGAGUGUGGCCUUGUAGGAUUUUUUUGUCUUCAUAGCUUAGCUGGCCAGGUCCACAGCUGGUUUCCUUCAUCUUGUGACUCAGCCCUCUGGCAAGGUCAUGUUUAGUCUCACCCCUUUUAGAGUACACUCAAAGUCCCACAACCUCACAUCAGGUCAGUGGCCCAGAUCUAGGCCCAAUAGAGCUACUGCGCCCCUGUGUCUGGGCUCUUCAUGCUCGCCUCUUCAGUGACGCUGUAGGGGAACCCAGGUCCUGGUACCCUGUAACAAGCAGCUACGGUCUGUCUUGUCAGACCUCUUGCUUCUUCCCUGGGCUACUUCUUGCAUUAGCCUGCUAUCUCCUCGGGGAGCUUGCAUUUUCAGUAAGGGCCUGCCCUGGGGCCAGACCCCUCUCCCAAUUCCCAGUGUAAUAAAAGAAAGUAUAUUAAACUAACAGAAAUAGAGAGUGGCACCAGCCCUUCUAUCCUGCAUGGUCCUUCAGCCAUCUGUAUUACUGCAUCUGUACCAAAGGCAGCUUGUUCCUCUUGGAGCUGAGAAUGAGAGGUCUGUCCCUCGCUGGGGCUAGGAGGUUCUAAGAUAGGUUUCUCCCUUUUAAGACGACUCCUUUUAGUCUGCUUCUCAGGUGGGGUGGGGUGGGUUGGGUUGGGCUGGGCUGAGCACAUAGCUGCUCUUUAACCCAUUCUUGUCUAGAGCAGGGUUUGUAAACCCCAUCACAAGGUGUGUCUGUAUUAGCGCUGGAGUGUAAUAUCCAGCUCAGGUAGACAUACCCAUGCCAGUUCUGAUGAGCUAGCAUUCUAAAAACAGAAAGGUAGCUGUGGCAACAUAAUAAGUGGGACAAGUGAACUGCCCAGAGUACAAUUCUGUCCAAGGCACAUACGCACACUGCUAGCCUGGCCUGAGGCUCAUGCUGUCAUGGCUACACUUCUAGUUUUAGCAUGCAAAUACAAUCAGUGAGUGUGGGUAUGACUACCUGAGCUGGCAGCAAUGCAAACAUACCCACAGACCACUAAGUGGCCAUUCCAGAUUUCAAGUAUACAGCAGCAUUCCAGACCAUCCUUAGCCCCAAGCCCUGCCUCUGAUGCAUCUUUUCCAUAAGGCCACCUGUGCUAGCCCUACUCUAUUGUGGGAUUCCCUUAAAGUACGAGAAUCCCCAAUAAACUGGUAACUCCACCCUUCCAAAGAGGAGAACAGGAAAUCUUGCCCACUGUGCCCCAUAGGUAAAAUGUCCACAGGCUAUAAGACUUAGCUUAAUAUUGUCUGUGCAUCUGCAUUUAAGAUUCCACCCCAAACAACUUAAUCCUAGAUUGCAGAAGCAUGUAAACAAACGAGCAGUUCUAGUCUCUCUUUAUCUGUCAAUAUUUCCAUUCAAGCCCUGAUAGAAUACACAUUAAAUUACUGUAACUCUUAAUUUUAUAUUUCCUGGUGUUUAUCCAAACCUUUAUAUAUUUAAAAUCUUAAUGUAUUUUUAAGUGGUCAGAGUUAAGUAAUGGAAUCAUGAAAAUGUAAAUAGCAAAGCAUACAUUCUAAAAACUGCAGUUUACAAUAUUGACAAAUUAUGAACUCUGGAAAUCUUACUUUAGCAGCAUGUUGAUUCUGAGAUUUCUAUUUUACAAAUAAAACAUCAUUCUGUUUGUGAAAAUUUAGUUUUGUUUCAU